CGGGUCCAUCAGACAGUCAGCUGGUUAAAAAGACAAAGAGCGUCCUCCAAGCCUAGUACCUUCUCGUUCCACCGUCGAAUCCUCACAGCUAACGCCCUUCCUUCCAUCCAAAAUGCGCGAAAUAGUGCAUCUGCAAGCCGGACAGUGCGGAAACCAGAUCGGAGCCAAGGUAUUACUCUUCUCUUGUUUGUAUAUCAAUAAAAUAGAUUGCUUCAUGUGAGGGAUUGCAUGCGACCUAUAUAAGCCUCUCGCACUCUCUGCGUAGUGCGUAGCUAAAUUAAGAAUGGCGGCUUGUAAUCCACCCAUAAGACUGCAUCCUCGAUAGGCUAUAAUAGGCCUAUAUAGGCCUAUUGUGCGCGGAAAAAUGCAUGAUCAUUCUGUGCACAAGAUAAACAACAUUUUAAUCGGUGUUGCAUAUGAUAUGACAUGUCCUGAGCUUUUUUUUUUUUAUUGUUUCCGCUGAUUCAUUCCCAAUGGUUAUUUGGGGGUCCUUGUAAUAUGGGCGUGGAAGGGAAAGAAAUGGUAGCCUACUAGAAAACCUCCGUCCUCCCUCUUAUAACAUGAUAUAUUCAACCUAAUGAAUAUUUCUGUCGAAAUGACCUUUUAAUGCUUAAUUUGAAGCAUUUAAACUAUUACAUAAUUAUGUAAAGGUAAUAUUUAAUACAAGUCAUGCUAGUUGUGUUGCUCAUGAAAAGGUAAAUGUCCAUGCAACAGAAAAUACACAUUGCAUUAUAUCUAUUUAUUUAUAUUUUAUAUUCUAACUUGCACUUUUAAAUGGAUGCUUCUGUGCGUUGCUAUUGACUUGCAUCUCAUCCCCCUGUACCGCCCCUCCCCCCUCUCGCUCCCAUUCUCCUCUCUUUCUCUCUCGCACUGUCUCUCUCUCGCUGUCUCAGUUCUGGGAGGUGAUCAGUGAUGAGCAUGGCAUCGACCCGACUGGCACCUACCAUGGAGACAGCGACCUGCAGCUAGACAGGAUCAAUGUGUACUACAAUGAGGCCUCAGGUACAGUAUGCACAUUAUAUAGCAAUGUAUACAUAAACCACAUAAUACAUUAAAUAAACUGCUGUUUUAAUGAGGAAAAAUUACAUAUUACAGACAUACAAUAAAUAAUACAUACAUAAAACGUGUACAGCAACAAUAGCUUCAGUAUGUCCAACAUUUCCCUUCUUUUUCAGGUGGGAAGUAUGUCCCCCGUGCCAUCCUGGUGGAUCUGGAGCCGGGAACCAUGGACUCUGUCAGGUCUGGUCCCUUUGGACAGAUCUUCAGGCCAGACAACUUUGUCUUCGGUAAGUGGUUGGUGUGUUCAGUGGAAAUAUGAGAUUUGGUGGUAGGCUACUACUAAAGUCUUAUCCAGUGAAGUAAUGGGUUAUGACACUUCUGUUUGCAGGCCAGAGCGGAGCUGGAAACAACUGGGCCAAGGGCCACUACACAGAGGGAGCAGAGCUGGUAGACUCUGUCAUGGAUGUAGUGAGGAAGGAGGCAGAGAGCUGUGACUGCCUCCAGGGCUUCCAGCUCACCCACUCCCUGGGUGGGGGCACUGGCUCUGGCAUGGGCACCCUGCUCAUCAGCAAGAUCCGUGAGGAGUACCCUGACCGCAUCAUGAACACCUUCAGCGUGGUGCCCUCUCCCAAAGUGUCUGACACAGUGGUGGAGCCCUACAACGCCACCCUCUCUGUGCAUCAGCUGGUGGAGAACACAGAUGAAACCUUCUGCAUCGACAACGAAGCCCUCUACGACAUCUGCUUCCGCACUCUCAAGCUCACCACACCCACCUACGGAGACCUCAACCACCUGGUGUCAGCCACCAUGAGUGGAGUGACCACCUGCCUUCGUUUCCCUGGCCAGCUCAACGCCGACCUCCGCAAAUUGGCUGUCAACAUGGUGCCCUUCCCCCGCCUGCACUUCUUCAUGCCUGGCUUUGCUCCCCUCACCAGCAGGGGGAGCCAGCAGUACCGGGCCCUGUCCGUGCCUGAGCUCACUCAGCAGAUGUUCGACUCCAAGAACAUGAUGGCGGCCUGCGACCCUCGUCACGGCCGUUACCUCACCGUGGCCGCUAUCUUCCGUGGCCGCAUGUCCAUGAAGGAGGUGGACGAGCAAAUGCUCAACGUCCAGAACAAGAACAGCAGCUACUUUGUGGAAUGGAUCCCCAACAACGUGAAGACCGCUGUCUGCGACAUCCCACCCCGUGGCCUCAAGAUGUCUGCCACCUUCAUCGGCAACAGCACAGCCAUCCAGGAGCUGUUCAAGCGUAUCUCUGAGCAGUUCACUGCCAUGUUCCGCCGUAAGGCCUUCCUUCACUGGUACACCGGAGAGGGUAUGGAUGAGAUGGAGUUCACUGAGGCUGAGAGCAACAUGAAUGACCUGGUGUCUGAGUACCAGCAGUACCAGGAUGCCACUGCUGAGGAGGGCGAGUUUGAAGAGGAGGGAGAAGAGGAAGCCGCCUAAACCAUCCAGUCACUCAACUGCCAAACAGUCUAUCACUCCCCUCCGUCCUGUCCCCAAAGCACAACUUGAUUGAUUUAAGUUAAUGUUAAUGAAAAGGAAACUCAAUCUGUGAUAAUUAAAUUCAUGUGCUCAAGCAUCUCUUCAGAGGUUCCCAUCAGUCUAAUUAGUAUCUUGUAAGGUUUUCAGUGCUACGUUGAGAUCAUCCUAGAAGUCUGAGGGUAUUCUAACAUGAGGUUUCUUAUGAAAGCAGCAAGCUGUAACUCGAUUACUAGAUGUCUAAAUUUAAUUAUGUGAAUAAAUUAACAAUGUUCCAUGCCAGGUGUGUUGCUUUACUUAAAUAACCCUUUCAAUACCUGAGAUAAUUUUCUAUGUUUACAACAGUUAUUUUCUGUAAAAACUCUAUCAGUCCAUCAUCUGACCUGCUGGUUGUACGUCAGUAAGUAGUACUGACGUACAACCAGCAGGUCAGAUAUUCCAUAGGAAUGCAGAUAUAAUACUUUACACACUUUGGACCAUGGCAGGUAAAUGGUGGUGCAGUGGGAAAAGGUUGUGGGCGGGGAAAGAAUUGCUGUAUUUUGAAUGGUACUGUAAUUCCAUCCCACAGAAUACAGUACCUGUAUUUUUGGAGCGCCAAAAACGUUUUGUUUAUGGCUAAUUCAUAUAUUUUGAGGCAUGCCUUGUAAGAGGCUAUAUUUUUUGCACCCGUUAGUGAGUUAGAUUGGUACAGCAUCUAACUCCUAUGUGGUUAGUGCCCCAUCAAUUUAAAAUAUAUAGGGGACAGAUAAUAGUGACAGCAAGACAUCAACCUUUAAUGGUUGAGCAUUUUGCCAUGUCCAUUUGGCCUGUUUUGCCCUGUAGUAGCUGCUGGUUUGGAAGCCUUUGUUAAGGCCUUUAGAAGUGCAAGUGAUACCAAACACCAAAUAUUCAUUGAUAUGCUGUAAUGUAUUAACUAGCAGCCAACCUGCUUGCACCAAUCCAUGUAAUUACAGUGAAAUACAAACCCCAUCUCCCCAAAAUGAAUGUAAUUCAUUCAUUAUGAUUGCGGUAGCAUUUACUUUUUACAGUAUAAUACACAAUUCUAUUGUAUUUUACCAUGUGUCAUUACACAUUACUUACUUGAUACUGUAUUUAGAUUACAGUAGUUCUACUGCAAUAUGAGAUACAGUAACUUACUUACCACUAGCUGCCUGUAAAUUACUGUUAAAUUCACAACCCUACUGUACACACUCAGCCAACAUUUCUCCUUGAUUAAUGUUGUUACAUCAAGCUUCAGGUGCCAGUGACCUCGGGUUUUCAUGCAGAGUUAGAUAUUGAUUUAAUAAUAGCCUACUACCAUCCGCCUCCAUCUACAGUAUGGUAUUUUGAAUAUGUAUUUUUUUGGUUGGUGUCAAUAUAUCAUCAGUCCACAGUGUGUGGUUUGUAUCUUGUGCUUCACCACUCGUGAUUGUGACCACUGUGUUCCUGGGGAAAAUCUCCCGUGAACAUUCAUUAGUGAGUUGAUGACAAUGAUCGCUUCAGCUCACUCACAAGAGUCUAUUUUACUGUAGGAUGCAUGCAGCUAUCACUACACCACUCGGUGAGUAGGGUCGGGUAACUGCGCAUCUUUGGAACACUUAUUGAUGAAGACUUCCAAAUAACAGCAUCCUAUCCGCUCUCCUCGAGCCUAGGAUCCCUCGUUCUCUCCUCCGGUCUUUGGUUACUAUGGGGAUAACGCCCACCGAUUCGGCCCAGUAGUUGGAGGAGAGGCGGGCUCAUCAGACAGUCAGCUGGGUGGGAAGAGAAGAAGCGUCCUCUGAGCCAAAUCUCGACUGCCGUCUCCUCACAGCCAACGCCCGUCCACCCAUCCAUAAUGCGCGAAAUAGUGCAUCUGCAAGCCGGCCAGUGCGGUAACCAGAUCGGAGCCAAGGUAUCAUUAUUGACUCUUUUGUAUUUCCCCAAGAAAAUAGAUUGCUUCAUGUGAAUGAUUGCAAGCGAGCUAAGAUACGUCUUUUUUUUUGCCCUCUGCGUAGCAAAAUAUAGAAAGGCCGCUGGUAAUCCACACAUAAAUGUAUAGAGUAAGCUGGUGCAGAACUGUGUCCAUUAUCGAUAGGCUAUAUUAUAACAUGCAUGAAAAAUGCAUGGUCAUUCCGUGCACAAAAUUCAAAUGUGUAUAAGAGAAAUAGUCUAAACAACAGCUAUAUCCGAUUAAUAUCAGUUUGAAACACUGUUGCAUAUGAAAUGGGCUGAUUUUGUAUUGUUUCUGCUGACUCAUUCCCAAUGGUUAUUUGCGGUCCCUAAAUGGGCGUGCGGUGGAAGGGAGAGAUAACGAUACUAGAAUACCUUCCUCCUUUCUUUUAUGACAUGACAUACAUUUUUAUAUCUAAAUUGUAUUUUAAUGAUUAAUUUGAAUCAUUUAGAGGUGUACAUAAUUAUGUAAAGGGAAGAUUUAAUGCAUUAAGUCAUGCUAUUUGUGUUGCUCACAAAAAGGUAAAUAUCCAUGCAACAGAAAAUACACAUUGCAUUAUAUCUAUUUAUUUAUAUUUUACAUUCUGACUUGCUUUUUAAAUGGAUGCUUCUGUGUAUUGCUAUUGACUUGCAUCUCAACCACCCUCUCUCUCUCGCUGUCUCAGUUCUGGGAGGUGAUCAGUGAUGAGCAUGGCAUCGACCCGACUGGCAGCUACCAUGGAGACAGCGACCUGCAGCUAGACAGGAUCAAUGUGUACUACAAUGAGGCCUCAGGUACAGUAUGCACAUUAUAUAGCAAUGCAUACAUAAACCACAUAAUAAUGUCUCCAAUUAUUGAAACAAACAGAAAUAGACUCUUGCAUUAACAAUGAAAAAAUACUGGCAUUCAGAGGUACCCUAUAAUCACAAAUACAGUGCUCAGUAAUAAUAGCUUCAGUAUGCCCAAUAUUUCCCUUCUUUUUCAGGUGGGAAGUAUGUCCCCCGUGCCAUCCUGGUAGAUCUGGAGCCGGGCACCAUGGACUCUGUCAGGUCUGGCCCCUUCGGACAGAUCUUCAGGCCAGACAACUUUGUCUUCGGUGAGUGGUUGGUUUGGUAGUCAGUGGAAAUAUGAGAUUUGGUGGUAGACUACAACUGUAAUCUUGUCCCGUCAGUGAAGUAGUGGUUUAUGACACUCUUGUCUGCAGGCCAGAGCGGAGCUGGAAACAACUGGGCCAAGGGCCACUACACAGAGGGAGCAGAGCUGGUAGACUCUGUCAUGGAUGUAGUGAGGAAGGAGGCAGAGAGCUGUGACUGCCUCCAGGGCUUCCAGCUCACCCACUCCCUGGGUGGGGGCACUGGCUCUGGCAUGGGCACCCUGCUCAUCAGCAAGAUCCGCGAGGAGUACCCAGACCGCAUCAUGAACACCUUCAGCGUGGUGCCCUCUCCCAAAGUGUCCGACACAGUGGUGGAGCCCUACAACGCCACCCUCUCUGUACAUCAGCUGGUGGAGAACACAGAUGAAACCUUCUGCAUCGACAACGAAGCCCUCUACGACAUCUGCUUCCGCACUCUCAAGCUCACCACACCCACCUACGGAGACCUCAACCACCUGGUGUCAGCCACCAUGAGUGGAGUGACCACCUGCCUUCGUUUCCCUGGCCAGCUCAACGCCGACCUCCGCAAAUUGGCUGUCAACAUGGUGCCCUUCCCCCGCCUGCACUUCUUCAUGCCUGGCUUUGCUCCCCUCACCAGCAGGGGGAGCCAGCAGUACCGCGCCCUGUCCGUGCCUGAGCUCACCCAGCAGAUGUUCGACUCCAAGAACAUGAUGGCGGCCUGCGACCCUCGUCACGGCCGUUACCUCACCGUGGCUGCCGUCUUCCGUGGCCGCAUGUCCAUGAAGGAGGUGGACGAGCAAAUGCUCAAUGUCCAGAACAAGAACAGCAGCUACUUUGUGGAAUGGAUCCCCAACAACGUGAAGACCGCUGUCUGCGACAUCCCACCCCGUGGCCUCAAGAUGGCUGCCACCUUCAUCGGCAACAGCACAGCCAUCCAGGAGCUGUUCAAGCGUAUCUCUGAGCAGUUCACUGCUAUGUUCCGCCGUAAGGCCUUCCUUCACUGGUACACCGGAGAGGGUAUGGAUGAGAUGGAGUUCACUGAGGCUGAGAGCAACAUGAAUGACCUGGUGUCUGAGUACCAGCAGUACCAGGAUGCCACUGCUGAGGAGGGCGAGUUUGAAGAGGAGGGAGAAGAGGAAGCCGCCUAAACCAUCCAGUCACUCAACUGCCAAACAGUCUAUCACUCCCCUCCGUCCUGUCCCCAACUCCAUCCCUUCAUCCUUAUCAUCGGCUUUCU